AUGGCGACACCGCGAGGUGGAAGAGGCGGCGGCGGAGGCGAUCGAGGACGCGGUUCAAAAGGAGGCAACAACUCCAAUUCCAAUCGCGCACGCGGCAGAAGUAAUGCGCAAAACGAAGAGCGACCGGCGCAAGGCCUAUACACACCUGGACAAGGACGGGGUCGGCAGCACGGCAGCAACUCGACUUCUUCCAAUUCGAACCCCUUCGGUACGACGACUGCGCCAUCGUUUGCGCCCCACGACUAUCAGAAGCGACUACAACACAUCAAAGCGGAGCGCCCAAAGAUUCGCGAGAAGUUCAUCCGCGAUGGCCUAAUGAACCCAGAGGGCCAAAUGCGCCUGGCCGAUUCUGUCAAGCUAUACGGCCUUUGCCAGGAAAUGUGUCCGGAAUACGAGCGCGUACGUCGCAUAGUCGAGCUGGAUGUCAAAGCGCCAGAAUGUACACCCGAGACCCAACAUCUACCGUCCCGUAGUCAGCGCAUUGCAGACGAAUCACGAAUGGUCAAGGCAUACGCACGCUCAGCGGCAGGCAUGGACGUAGAGCUUGUCUCGGAGAUCCGGUCGCCGGCCACUUGCUUGAAAACCCUCAAGUACUUGUACGGACGCCUAGACCAAGAUGACUUCCAGUUCCUCCAUUCAUGGCUCUGGGACCGCACACGAGCCGUCCGAAAAGACCUCCGCACCCAGCGUAUCGAGAACAGGCCCGACAUCGCCAUACUGCUUACCUCCCUCGAGUACAGCGCCCGUUUUUACAUGCUGUCGGCCCAUCACAUGUCACGAAGCACCAAGGACGACUACUCUCAUCAACAGGAUGUCGAGCAGCUGAAUCAGACUCUAAUCUCACUCAAGGAGCGAUACGCCGACAACCGACGCGCCAAUAUCAUAUCAGCCUGCGAGGCUGAAUUCUGGGCAUACCGACUGAUCCUGGCUCCCAUCUACGCCAACACCCAGCUCGAAAACGAACUACAUCGUCUACCUAGCGACCUACGAAACAACCCGCGAGUGCAGACCGCUUUGGAGAUCUUCCGCCUCCUCAAGUCCAUCAUCAUUCACAGGGACUACAAGAGCUUUGUACAAUGCCAGUCCAACUGGAAGCGGUUUUGGGAUCUGAUCAAGUCGCCAAGGGUAUCAUACCUGAUGGCAUGUGCGGCCGCUAUAUCCUUCAAUAGGGUCCGUCACGUUGUGCUAGACGUGGUCUGGCGUUGCUACCGAGUUGGCUUGUACAGGCAUCAAGUUCCUGUCGAGUUCUGGACAACGGACAAACUGAGAGAAGUACUUGGCAUGGAUACCGAAUCAGAAGCCGUGGAAUUCUGUGAAGCACAUGGCUUCGUCUUCGAAGUCAACGAGGAAGGUCACACUUUCAUGGACAUCAAACAAAAAAGCUAUGACCGGAAAGCCAAUGUCCUCCCCAAGGCUGAUAUCAAGCCUCAAUCUUUCUCGGCAACAAUUGUCGAGGCAAAGCGUUGUGGUCGCCCGUUAUCGGCUGUCAUUGCAGGCUUGACUGUGCAGGAGGCCAAGAAGGGCGGUCUGUCUGCUGCGCAAGCUCAGCAAAUGGAAGACCAGACUUCGCUAUUCGUUCCGGAGACCACUAGUGUCUUCAAGCAACAGCCGAUCGAAACAGCACCUUCCGCCGGUGGCUUUGGUUUCAGUGCGACAGCGUCCCCCUUCCAGCCCAAUAGCAUUUCUACGACGGCUCCAAACCCACUCGCGAAAGCCAUCCAGCCCGGCCUUUUCGAUCCUUCAAAGAACAAUAUCCAGUUUGCGCAGCCCGCGGAUGCGACCGUCAACCCAUUCCUCCGCAAAGACGCCAUUUCUUUCCCUUCGACAUCGCCUGCACCGUCGGGGAAUCCUUUCCUGAAGAACAACGUUGCGCAGUCGGAAUCUACAACGCCACAGACGGCCGCAAAUCCUUUCCUGAAGUUCAACAAUGCUGCGCAACCAGAGUCGACAGCAUCAACGACCCCCGCAAAUCCUUUCUUGAAGAACAAUACACUCAAGCCUCAAUCUACGACACCUCCUACGCCAGCGAACCCAUUCAUGCCAGGAUCGUUCGCACCCUCGCAGCCGAAACCUCAAACUCAAACACAGACACCAGUUCAAGACCCCGAGGCACCUGCUGCCAUAACUACGCCUAAGCCCGCUUCUGCAUUCAAUUUUACUGGGGCGUCGUUCAAUGCUACACCAUCGCAAGGAACUUCAGAGGCUGGGUUUUCUUUCACUCCAGCAGGAACGCCACCUCCGACUGACAAUUCUCCACAGGAAGAGGAAACAAAGAAGGCGGAGCAGGCGGAGCAGACGAAGCAAGAAGCGGCUGAGAGGCAACGACGAGAGGAUGAAGCACGUCAACGCGUACAAGAAGCACAACGGGCAAAGCAGGCGAAAGAAGCAGAGCGGAAGCGUGAGGCGGAGGCUGCAGAGGCGGAGGCUGCACGACAGCGACAAGAGCAGGCUGAUCGAGAGCGAAAGGCACGCGAGCAACAAGAAGAUUUGGCUCGACAGGCGAGGCAACGUCAACUGCAAGAGGAGGAGGCGCGGGCAGCACGGAUACGAGAGAAGGACGCGGCAUUGCAUGCGCUUACGGCGGAUGUGAUGUUCAACCCUCAGGAAGGACUGUUGAUGCAGUUCGUCGAGAACGAUAUCAUGAACAUAGCGAAGGCGGCUGCAAUGACAGUAGAGAUGGAGAGGAGGGUGGCGAUGGUAGAUCGAAAGUAUGAAAAGUAUCUGGAAGAGUUGAAGCGGGCAGGCUUGGCCAAGAUGAUGGCGGCGGCGGAGAAGAAGAAGCGACUGCAGAAAGCACGAGAGAGGAGGAAGCGACUGAAGGAGCAGCGAGCAAAGUUGGAGACUGGACAAGACGAGGAAUCGACAGAUGCGCCUGCACCAGUACAACCGGCGACAUCGAACGGUAAGGCGUCAACAGCGGUGCCACCAGAAGGACGAUCGGCAUCGCAGCAACACACUGCUCCCCAGAAUAGUCGACGCGCUAAGCGAACGCAAGAGCGUCAUCACGCGCAAGCUUCGGUGACGAACGGUGUGAGCUCAGCCAAAUCGGUGCCGGCACAGGCAAAGGACACGACUACCGAAGCUACAUUCGACAAGAGCACAAGUAACGCCAGCACAUCAAUCUCCGCAUAUUCACAGGCCUAUCAACAAGCAGUUGCGAACGCACCCGUAGACCGAACUGAGACUGAUUGGUUCAGACUUCGGGCUAGGGGUAUCGAUCCAAGCAAGCACCGCAAGCGUAGCUUCGACUUUGGUUCGUCAGACGAAGAGAAGCCAAAGUUAAUCGAGCCCAAGCGACCCAAGUUAUCACCAGCGUCUCCUGCACUGGAGCACCAGGAGCAACCAGCACCGAAAACCAUGCUUGAUGAGCAGCGCGCUCGUGUUGAAGCCAUCAAGGAGUCCUUUAGGAGAUCAGCGUCCACAGUAUCACCUUCUCUCUCCUUUAAUGGUGCGAUGUCAUUCAACGGACGAUCCUCCUUCAAUGACCCCACAAGCAGUCUCAUUGCAAGAGCCCGGCAGACGCUGGCAGAAUCAAAGGCAGAGAUGCCGCCACCAUCAUUCACCCCUAGCAGGUCCUUGUAUCGAAGGGAAUCCUUUGACGGAAACGCCAGCCAGCUCAUCGCACGAGCUCGGGCUCUCGCAUCACCUGCCGCCACUCAACCAAACAUCCAACACGACUGGAGUCGCAGUGUACCCAACCUAGGUUUCUCGGCAUCUCAGACCCAACAUUCCACAUACGGUACAUCCAUGUAUGGCAGCACUCUACGUACCAACUCAUCAACCAAUAACCGUCCGGCAUAUUGGGAACGCACAAGUCGCUUCGUGCCUCGCCAUCUCUACGGUCAAGGUGCGGAAGCCGUUCGCGCAUACAGGAUAGAGCAGGGUCUGAGUAAAUCACCCGCUAGUACGCGACCAACUAGUACUGAGCCUCUGAAUAUCUCUUCACCGAUACCGACACAGUUGUCGUACAAUCAACAGGCGAACACCCAACCGAUGAGCUACAAGCAAGAGCAGUACACUGCCAAUUCCACGGAACACAGCGGUCUACACCUCACCGACGUCGACGACCAGGAUGGAAACGCUGUCAUGACGGACAACGAAGAAGAGUUCCAGUCUUACAACCACUUUGGCACUACUUCUUCUUAUCCUGGCGGGCAGUAUGCUUCUUCUUCCCAGUCACACCUUCAGCAGCAGCAGCAGCAGAAGCAAGAAGAGUACUUCGACAGCGAUCAGGACGCAGAUUCCGAGAUGCUCGACGGCGAGGAGGACGAAGAGCUUAUUGAUUACGACGAGGAAUCUGACCUCGAUGAAGAAGAAGAAGAAGACCAAGAAUCUUUCGACGAGGAAGAAGAGGAAGAGGAAGAAGAAGAAGGUAGCGACGAAGACGAAGGUGCCACGGGUCCUGGUGGAGACGAAAAACCAGGAGCUACCGAAGACGAUGCUAUCGAGCUCUCGGAUUAG